AUGGGCUCUGCGUUUGGGGUGGUUGAAAUCGAGCCACCACAACCCUCGCAGUGCCGCUUGAGGAUCACCUUCCUGGUCGACCUGAUGCGGCCGCCAACCAUGUUGGUGCCUCUUGCGAAGCAUGAGAGAAAUGUGGGGAAAGUGAAAUACACCAUGCAGGAUGUGGUUUAUCUUGUCGGAGGGGGUGAACAGGAACAUCAACAAUUGGAGGAGGAGGUUGGUGAGUCUCCUGACCCCAAUGUUGGAUCUAACACUACUCAUGUCCCGGACAAUCGAGUUGCCUCCCCCCCACCUAUGGUUGCUCCUGCUAAUGCUUUAGUUCAUGAGGCACAUGAGUUGGAAGAUGAAGAAGCUGGAUCACAGCCACAACAACCUUAUGUUGGCAUGCGCUUCGACACAUUAGAGGAUGCGAGGGAACACUACAAUCGCUAUGCUUUGAUGGAGGGCUUUUCAAUCAAGUCAAAUACGUCUUACAGGUCGGCCUACACAGGAAAAAUGAUGAUGUUAAUGUCAUCAUACUACGGCUCGGAGUUGAUUGUUCCGUACACAGCUAAAGCCAUCCAUAACCACUGUUCGAAGCUCAACGCCCCAACUAAAGACAUUGACAUUGAAGAAACACUAAACUACUUUUGCAAGGUGAUGGAAAAUGACCCAGGAUUUUUCUUUAAAUGCAAGACAGACGCGGAAGGCAGGACAGAAAACUUGUUUUGGGUGGAUGGUGCGGCACGGAAAGCAUAUGCGGAGGCUUAUCAUGAUUGCGUGUCAUUUGAUGCAACUUACCUCACGAACAUGUAUAAUAUGCCGUUUGCCCCCUUCAUUGGAAUCAACAGACAUGGGCAGUCAAUAAUACUCGGGUGUGGAUUUGUCCGGCAGGAACUAGCCUCAAGUUAUGACUGGUUAUUUGAUGCUUUCCUAGAAGCAAUGGAUGGUUUGGCUCCGGACAACAUCAUCACGAACCAAGAUGUUGCUAUGGCACAAUCUAUCAAGAGGAAGUUCCCGGCAACAAUUCACCGUUGCUGCCGUUGGCAUAUAAUGAAGAAAGCACAAGAGAAGCUUGGCCCCGUGUUGGCUAGGAACCCGGAUUUGGUAAAAGACUUCAAUGAAUGCAUUGACUUUAGUUUCACCUCGGCUGAGUUUGAAAGGAAAUGGGCUGCACUUCAAUUGAAAUAUGAAGGUCUUAUGCAUGGUCACUUUGAGAAACUCUAUGAAGAUCGGGCUACAUGGGUGCCGUGUUACUUCAAAUUCAGGUUCUUCCCUUUCCUUCAGUCAACGCAACGCAGUGAAGGGUUCAAUGCUGUGUUGAAGCGCUAUGUGAACCCACACAAGUCAAUUCUCAACUUCGUCAAGCAAUAUGAGAAAAUUCAGGUACACAUACCCGUGAGGGAGGGCGGGAACGACUACCGGACAGAACAUCUAGAGGCACAAAGAUGGUCGCGUUUCCCCAUUGAGAGGCAUGCCUACAAAGCAUACACUAGGGACAUCUAUGUGAAGUUUAGAACUGAGUUUCAGAUGAUUGGCCAGUACGAUGUGCGUCCCGCUGGAAUCAACUUCUAUUACCUUGAGCCCAAUACAGAAGAAGUCCUAGGGUAUGGCUUGAGGAAGUACCUAGUCAUAGUGAGAUCAGAGCCAGCUAUCUACGAUUGCGAAUGUUGCAAGUGGCAUAGGGACGGCAUGCUUUGUUGCCAUGUCUUGAAAAUCUUCACACACCUUGGCGUUAAUGAGAUACCUGAACACUACAUCAAGCGCCGCUGGACGCAACAUGCAGUACCAAGUGCACCACCGCCACCUAACGAGGGCCCUCCGCAUGACUUGCCCGCUGCGUCAGAGAACCAAGUUCGGCAAGUGACUCUGACAAUGGAUUUUGCAAAGCUAGCCAAGAAGGCAAUGACUAGUGAUGAGGCAGCCGCUGCAGCUAGGAGGCACAUGAAAGCAGCAGAUACUGAGGUUACUAAGCUGAAUAAACUGAGGAAGAAGAGGCUAAAGGCAGCCCGGGAAGCGGCUCGUGCUAGGGAAGCAUCAAACCCUAAUGCCCCAAGUACUUCAAACCAACCUCCUGCCCCCUGCUCCUAUGGAUCCACCUCGUUCAGUCACGAAAGGGCGCAGCCGUAG